AUGCGCAGUUGCCGCCCCGAAGCUCCGGUUGAUGGGCAGCAGUCUGUCCCCACCUCUCCGGCAAAUGCAGAAUUAGAUUGGACUCAAGCGUACAUGCAGUUCACUCCGGUCAUGACCUCAUUGUGCAGUCGUCAGAAGACAACACGCCUUAAAUUGUGGGUUAUGGCGCAACCAGAGAGAGCUAAACGCCAAAAGGUGAGACGAGAGUUGGGGCACAACCAGACCGCGGAAACACAUUUAGGCCUGGGUACACUCGGCAACUGGCCGGCAGGGCCUUGCCUCCCUUCGUCUCGAAGUGUUCAAGCCGUGACUGUUGCACAUCGUCUGAUCACCUACUUUUGA